GUGUCCCCGAGGAGCCGCAGCAGCUGAGUCGAUGCUCAGGACGGGCGGUGGGUCGGUGUGGGGCGUAUGGAGUUCGGCUCAGAGGAUAUUCCCACUCACACACCCACUCAGGGCAGCGGGUCACUACUGAACGCAACUUUCCUGCACUGGCUCGGGUUGUAGAGUGCGCAUGCGCAGAGUCAAGUUCAAGCAUCUCGGGGAGAGGGGGAUCCCAUGAGCCUGGAAUUAUUUGUUCCUGGGAACUGAGCCUGGCGCACCCCUCUAACUAACAUGGUGGACCGGGGACCCAUCCUGACAUCUGCCGUCAUCUUCUACCUGUCCAUUGGGGCCGCCAUAUUCCAGGUGCUGGAGGAGCCCAACUGGAAAGCGGCCACUCAGCUCUACAAGGAGAACAAGGGGAAGAUUCUGGCCAAGCACUCCUGCCUCAGCCCCAGGGACCUGGAAGAAAUCCUGGAGACUGUAUCCAAUGCUGCAGGGCAAGGGGUGACCAUCACGGGGAACACUACAUUUAACAACUGGAACUGGCCCAACGCUGUCAUAUUUGCUGCUACAGUCAUCACCACUAUAGGCUAUGGGAAUAUUGCCCCAAAGACACCUGCUGGACGCCUCUUCUGUAUAUUUUACGGCCUGUUUGGAGUGCCCCUCUGCCUGACGUGGAUCAGCGCCCUGGGAAAGUUUUUCGGAGGACGUGCAAAGAGGCUGGGGCAGUUCCUCACUAAAAGAGGUGUCACCUUGAGGAAGGCACAGAUCACUUGCACGGCCAUCUUCAUCCUCUGGGGGGUUCUGGUCCAUUUGGUGAUCCCACCUUUCAUCUUCAUGAAAACAGAAGGCUGGGAUUAUAUCGAAGGUCUCUAUUUCUCCUUCAUCACUAUCACCACCAUUGGGUUUGGAGACUAUGUUGCAGGUGUGAAUCCCAAUGUGAACUACAAUGUUCUGUAUCGUUACUUUGUGGAGAUCUGGAUCUACCUUGGCCUGGCCUGGCUGUCCCUCUUUUUCAACUGGAAGGUCAGCAUGUUCUUGGAAGUGCACAAAGCAAUAAAGAAGAGAAGGAAAAGGCGAAAAGAGUCCUUUGAGAGUGAUCCACAGAUUAAGCAAACCAAGGCCAUGCCAAUGACCAACCCAAAGGAUGUCAAUAUUUUCAGCUUCCUUUCUAAGAAGGAAGAGACCUACAAUGAUCUGAUUAAACAGAUUGGCAAAAAUGGUUUAAAGGACAGUCAUGGGAAAAUACUGAAUGGUGAUGCGUCGGCCAAUGGUGGUGUGACCAACACAGAAAGAGACUUCAUGGUGAUGUACAGCAAACGCAACGGUAUGGGCUAUGAUCAAGUCAUGUUUUCAGACAGCCGUCAGAAAGAGAAUGGGGCAAAGCCCCUUCAGGAUGAAGACACAGUCAUUCUUAUAAACCAGCUGGACCGAAUCAGCGAAGAAGAGGGCGACACAUGGAACUACAAACCCAAAGACUACAAACCGCUCAUCUUCCAGAAUGCCAACAUCACUUUUGUGAAUGAGGAAGAGUGCAACAGCACAGAGGAUGAGGAGAAAUCAAAGACUUCCUAUGAGGACAACAUGGGUGAGCCACAGACUCCAACCCAGAAGGAUGAAUUCACUUGCCUGGAGCAGUCUUCCUUUUCCAGUAGUGAUGCCGAAGCAUCUGUUCCUUACGAGCAGCUCCUCAAUGACUACAAUACAGUGCACAGUGACAAAUCAGUGACGUGACCUGGUUCUGGCCUGUUUUGGGAUCUAGUAACACUUUAUUGCAAUUUCCUUAAAAUGAGUUUUAUUUUAAUAAUCUGAACCAUUGGACUGACAGGAUGGCAGCCAAUGGAUUUUACGCUCUUUGAACUUGUUUCUGGAGAACCAGCUGACUUUCAUUUUUUCUUACACUGGGCUGAAUAAUAAAGGAGAAAGCAGUGUGGUCUUCUUUCAACCUUAUGGGGGUACUUCCACCAGUACCAUCUUACUCCUAAACAUGAGAAAUUUUCAAUAUCUUCUGGUGCCUCACCAGAUCCAGUUCUCAUUUCCUUGAUGAAGAUACUUGAAACUAAGAGACUAUGGACCUUUUUGUAUGUAUAGAUUAUAUUUAUAACUCAGUAUUCUGGCUCUGUAUGGGAUGUAUGUGCCAUAUUUAAUUUCAGAGACAUUUGUGUGGCACUAAAAAUGGGCUAGCCUUCUUACAUCUGCCCCAUGCCAGCUUGGGACCUUUGCAUAAUUGGUACUUUAGGUUAAACUUGAACCUGGGGUCUAGAAUAUGGGGUGCCUUCAACAUUAUAAUCUAGAACUCGGUGUCUAGACCAUUUGCAAUCUAGAUGUCUAGUGCCUUUUAACACUUUAAACUAGAGCUGGGCACCUUGAAUUUUCCAUUCUAGGCCAGUAGAACUUCAAGGUUAUCCUGGAAAGAUGGUUAGAACCAGCUCUUUGGAUUGUUCCAUUUUAAUACUCGGUAACAUUCCUUUUGUCUAGGAGGAACAAGUAUUUUAUUAUAAUUUAAAUUAAACUUGUCCCCCCCCCAAAAAAAAAAAAA